GAAACGCGGAACCUCGGCGCGCGGCUUCCGGGCCUUGCCGGGCCGUGUUCACUGCCGUACGGGUCCCCCGUCACCCGGCUCCAACUGCUAGGUGGGCGGCAGGCGGGCGGUCGGUCCUGUGGUCGUGCGCCGGCGGCCCGGCUCAUCCUGUCGCCUUCCGGCCCUGUGCAGCCCGGGCUCGGCGCCAUGUACGCCGUAUACAAACAGGCGCAUCCGCCCACCGGCCUCGAGUUCUCGAUGUAUUGCAACUUUUUUAACAACAGCGAGCGCAACCUCGUGGUGGCCGGGACCUCGCAGCUCUACGUGUACCGCCUCAACCGCGACGCCGAGGUGCCGACCAAGAAUGACAGGAGCGCAGAGGGGAAGGCGCACCGGGAGCACCGGGAAAAGCUGGAGCUGGUGGCUUCCUUCUCUUUCUUCGGCAACGUCAUGUCCAUGGCCAGCGUGCAGCUGGCGGGCGCCAAGAGGGAUGCCCUGCUCCUGAGCUUCAAGGAUGCCAAGCUGUCGGUGGUGGAAUACGACCCGGGCACCCACGACCUCAAGACCCUGUCUCUGCACUACUUUGAGGAGCCUGAGCUGCGGGACGGCUUCGUGCAGAACGUGCACACGCCGCGGGUGCGUGUGGACCCCGACGGGCGCUGCGCGGCCAUGCUCAUCUACGGCACGCGGCUGGUGGUCCUGCCCUUCCGCAGGGAGAGCCUGGCCGAGGAGCACGAGGGGCUCGUGGGUGAGGGGCAGAGGUCCAGCUUCCUGCCCAGCUACAUCAUUGACGUGAGGGCCCUGGACGAGAAGCUUCUCAACAUUGUCGACCUGCAGUUCCUGCACGGCUACUACGAGCCCACCCUGCUCAUCCUGUUUGAGCCCAACCAGACCUGGCCUGGGCGGGUGGCUGUGCGGCAGGACACGUGCUCCAUCGUGGCCAUUUCGCUGAACAUCACGCAGAAGGUCCACCCCGUCAUCUGGUCCCUCACCAGCCUGCCUUUUGACUGCACCCAGGCCCUUGCCGUGCCCAAGCCCAUAGGCGGGGUGGUGGUCUUUGCUGUCAACUCGCUGCUAUAUCUGAACCAGAGCGUCCCCCCCUACGGCGUGGCCCUCAACAGCCUCACCACCGGCACCACUGCCUUCCCCCUGCGCACCCAGGAGGGCGUGCGGAUCACCCUGGACUGUGCCCAGGCAGCCUUCAUCUCCUACGACAAGAUGGUCAUCUCCCUCAAGGGCGGCGAGAUCUACGUGCUGACGCUCAUCACGGACGGCAUGCGCAGCGUCCGCGCCUUCCACUUCGACAAGGCCGCCGCCAGCGUCCUCACCACGAGCAUGGUCACCAUGGAGCCCGGAUAUCUGUUCCUUGGCUCUCGCCUGGGCAACUCCCUGCUCCUCAAGUACACGGAAAAGCUGCAGGAGCCCCCGGCCGGCACCACCCGAGAGGUUGCCGACAAGGAGGAGCCGCCCUCCAAGAAGAAGCGCGUGGACGCCACAGCCGGCUGGUCAGGGGGCAAGUCAGUGCCGCAGGACGAGGUGGACGAGAUUGAGGUGUACGGCAGCGAAGCCCAGUCAGGCACACAGCUGGCCACUUACUCCUUUGAGGUGUGUGACAGCAUCCUCAACAUCGGACCCUGUGCCAACGCUGCCAUGGGCGAGCCCGCCUUCCUCUCUGAAGAGUUUCAGAACAGUCCCGAGCCAGACCUGGAGAUCGUGGUGUGCUCCGGCUACGGGAAGAACGGGGCCCUGUCGGUGCUGCAGAAGAGCAUCCGGCCCCAGGUGGUGACCACCUUUGAGCUUCCUGGCUGCUAUGACAUGUGGACAGUCAUCGCCCCUGUGCGUAAGGAGCAGGAGGAGACCACUAAGGGGGAGGGGGCGGAGCAGGAGCCCAGCGCCCCCGAAGCAGAUGACGAUGGGCGGAGACACGGGUUCCUUAUCCUGAGCCGGGAAGACUCCACCAUGAUCCUACAGACGGGGCAGGAGAUCAUGGAGCUGGACACCAGCGGCUUCGCCACGCAGGGCCCCACAGUCUUUGCUGGCAACAUCGGGGACAGUCGCUACAUCGUGCAAGUGUCGCCACUCGGCAUCCGCCUGUUGGAAGGAGUGAACCAGCUGCACUUCAUCCCCGUGGACCUGGGCUCCCCCAUCGUGCAGUGCGCCGUGGCCGACCCCUACGUGGUCAUCAUGAGUGCUGAGGGCCACAUCACCAUGUUCCUGCUCAAGAGUGACUCGUAUGGGGGCCGCCACCACCGCCUGGCGCUGCACAAGCCCCCGCUGCACCACCAGUCCAAGGUGAUUACGCUCUGCGUGUACCGGGACGUCAGCGGCAUGUUCACCACCGAGAGCCGCCUGGGCGGGGCCCGCGACGAGAUGGGCGGCCGCAGCGGCUCAGAGGCCGAGUGCCAGGGCUCAGAGACCAGCCCCACGGUGGAUGACGAGGAGGAGAUGCUUUACGGGGACUCGGGCUCCCUCUUCAGCCCCAGCAAGGAGGAGGCCCGCAGGAGCAGCCAGCCCCCCGCCGACCGGGACCCCACCCCCUUCCGGGCUGAGCCCACCCACUGGUGCCUGCUGGUGCGGGAGAACGGAACCAUGGAGAUCUACCAGCUCCCCGACUGGCGGCUGGUGUUCCUGGUGAAGAACUUCCCUGUGGGGCAGCGGGUCCUGGUGGACAGCUCCUUUGGUCAGCCCACCACCCAGGGCGAGGCCCGGAAGGAGGAGGCCACGCGCCAGGGCGAGCUGCCCCUCGUCAAGGAGGUGCUGCUGGUGGCGCUGGGGAGCCGCCAGCGCAGGCCCUACUUGCUGGUGCACGUGGACCAGGAGCUGCUCGUUUAUGAGGCCUUCCCCCACGACUCACAGCUCGGCCAGGGGAACCUCAAAGUUCGCUUCAAGAAGGUCCCGCACAGCAUCAACUUCCGAGAGAAGAAGCCAAAGCCGUCCAAGAAGAAGGCAGAAGGUGGCAGCGCUGAGGAGGGCGCUGGGGCCCGAGGCCGUGUGGCGCGGUUCCGCUACUUUGAGGACAUUUAUGGCUACUCUGGGGUGUUCAUCUGCGGCCCCUCGCCCCACUGGCUCCUGGUGACUGGCCGGGGGGCCCUGCGGCUGCACCCCAUGGGCAUCGAUGGCCCCAUCGACUCCUUCGCCCCAUUCCACAACGUCAACUGCCCCCGCGGCUUCCUGUACUUCAACAGACAGGGCGAGCUGAGGAUCAGUGUCUUGCCUGCCUACUUGUCCUACGAUGCCCCGUGGCCUGUCAGGAAGAUCCCGCUGCGCUGCACGGCCCACUAUGUGGCUUACCAUGUGGAGUCCAAGGUGUAUGCUGUUGCCACCAGCACCAACACGCCGUGUACCCGCAUCCCGCGCAUGACGGGCGAGGAGAAGGAGUUUGAGACCAUUGAGAGAGAUGACCGUUACAUCCACCCUCAGCAGGAGGCCUUCUCCAUCCAGCUCAUCUCCCCAGUCAGCUGGGAGGCCAUCCCCAAUGCCAGGAUCGAGCUGGAGGAGUGGGAGCAUGUGACCUGCAUGAAGACGGUGUCCCUGCGCAGUGAGGAAACCGUGUCGGGCCUCAAGGGCUACGUAGCUGCCGGGACCUGCCUCAUGCAAGGGGAGGAGGUCACGUGCCGAGGGCGGAUCCUGAUCAUGGACGUGAUCGAGGUGGUGCCCGAGCCCGGCCAGCCCCUGACCAAGAACAAGUUCAAGGUCUUGUAUGAGAAGGAGCAGAAGGGGCCCGUGACCGCCCUGUGCCACUGCAAUGGCCACCUGGUGUCAGCCAUCGGCCAGAAGAUCUUCCUGUGGAGCCUGCGGGCCAGCGAGCUGACAGGCAUGGCCUUCAUCGACACACAGCUCUACAUCCACCAGAUGAUCAGCGUCAAGAACUUCAUCCUGGCCGCGGACGUCAUGAAGAGCAUCUCGCUGCUACGCUACCAGGAGGAGAGCAAGACGCUGAGCCUUGUGUCCCGGGACGCCAAGCCCCUGGAAGUGUACAGCGUGGACUUCAUGGUGGACAACGCCCAGCUGGGCUUCCUGGUGUCCGACCGUGACCGCAACCUCAUGGUCUACAUGUACCUGCCAGAGGCCAAGGAGAGCUUCGGGGGCAUGCGGCUGCUGCGCCGGGCGGACUUCCACGUGGGCGCCCACGUGAACACGUUCUGGAGGACCCCCUGCCGGGGGGCUGCCGAAGGGCCCAGCAAGAAGUCCGUUGUGUGGGAGAACAAGCACAUCACGUGGUUUGGAGAAGACCUACCGGCGGCUGCUGAUGCUGCAGAACGCGCUGACCACCAUGCUGCCCCACCACGCCGGCCUCAACCCGCGUGCCUUCCGGAUGCUGCACGUGGACCGGCGCGUCCUACAGAAUGCAGUGCGCAACGUCCUGGACGGGGAGCUGCUCAACCGCUACCUGUACCUGAGCACCAUGGAGCGCGGGGAGCUGGCCAAGAAGAUUGGCACCACGCCCGACAUCAUCCUGGACGACCUGUUGGAGACGGACCGAGUCACUGCCCACUUCUAGACCCCUGGAUACUGCCACUUCCCCCACCCCCCUUUUGUACAAAACACGAAGGAAAACAUUUGUGUGAUUUGAGAAGAGCGUGUGGUCAUUGCAGGCCCAACUCCAGGCCACAGUCACUCCAGUGCCCCCAGGUCUGUCUUAGGCAUCUGUGCUUUGGCCCUGGCCGGCCCCUCAGCCUGCGGUGGCGCGAGCUCUGUGAUCCUCGUGCGGGGGGUCCCUAGGUCUCCAGGAACUCGUACAGCCCCUUGGUCUUGGGCACGAGGCCCAGGUGGACCAGGACUCGGACCAGGAGGGCGGUGAUCCGCAUC